GGAAGGACGCUGCUUCUUGGUGGACAUCUCAUACAAGUUUCCCACUUCUUCAGUUGUUGAAGCAUUUGUGUCCACCACCUUGGAAGCUCCAGACAUGGGGAUGGAACAAAGCAUCCAAGGCUCUGGUGUCUUUCUUGACGUAAAGGGUUAUCAAAUUAGGCUGACCAGAAUCUCUGACUUGCAACCAGAUGGGGAAGCAUCGGCUGAUGUGGUGCAGAGAGCAUCAGAGGAGGUCUGUGCUGAAGAUGAGCUGCAAGGCCGCUCAUCUGAGCUGGAGAAAUCUGAGGGGCAACCAACUGAAGAGGCAUCUCCUGAUGGAAUGACUGGGAAUGAUUCUGGUGAAGAGAAUGUAGGGCAAAGUGACGAAGAGCAGGAGAAAUCUGAUGGUUUCUCCAUGCCAGCAGAAAUAUCAAAGACACAAGUACUUCAAGAGAACAGCCAGGAGGGUGAUCAGCCUGUAUCAGUUCCGAAGAGUGUCAUGGAUACUGAGGAGGAGUCCAAAAUGACAUCAGAAAUUAAUGCAGACAGUUGUUGUAGUGGGGACAACGCAGAGGGAACUCAAGCCCAGCUGAGGGACUUGACCUCUCUGGACAAAAGCCAAUGUGCUGAACAGACAUGUGGGUUGGAUGUUGGAGGACAAUCUUUGGAGCAUACCUUGGGCCACCUGGCUCACGAGAAACCAACUGUAAUCAACAAACAUGAGCUACCUGAUGAAACAGUAUUGACUCUCCUUAAAAAUGAAACUGCGGUGGCUACAGAUGAGACCAUGAAUUUCACUGAGGUGGAACUUAUGAUGCCAGCCGUGGGUGCUUUACCAGUUUCACCUUCCUUAGAAGCUGUGGCAUGGACUAGUUCAAAGCCUUCUGCAAAGACUUGGCUAGAGAUUUCGGAUUCAACAGUGUCCUCAUCCAUAAAAGAAGUUGAUAAAGCCUUUCUUGAUGAGCCAGCUUUAGAGAAAACAGAAGCGCCAAAGGUUCCUGAUACAGGUGAAAGAUGUUUGUCGAAAGAGGAUGCACAAAUAUGCAUUGAGUUGAGGGUCACACCUGUUGAUCGCCAGGCAGAGGCUGUGACAGAAGAUGCUGAACAAACUCAAGCUUGCUUCGGAGAUGUAGGUUCUCCUGUGUCUAUGGAGAAGCCGACUGAUGCACCAAAUGAAGAGGACAAGCUUCUGAGGCCCCUGAUCUCAGGAAAGAGGAAGCGAUUUUGCUGCACUAUUUUGUAAUCUUGAGGUUAAGGCAGACACCUUAAGACUGUACAAAGAACUCAACAUUGACAUGCACUGCUUUUUAAUAUCAGUUCAUACUAUGCCUUGACAAGUCUUUUGAGAAGGUGUUGGUAAUCAAAUUUAAAAUCUGGGAAAGUUACUUUUUUGGGGCUGCUCUUCUCAAAAUCUUGAGAUCUGGGAAUUGUAAUCCAAAAGCAACUUUCCCAAGCUCAAUAUUGUAAUGCUACUUGAAGGUAGGACAGAUCCUUUGCUGCAACACAGCUAAGAACCAUCUUGCAACGUGAAGCCUCUUCCUAGAAGAGAAGAAGACCAGGAAGGAUGUCUAGGUUCAGUGGAUGUGUUUGGACUUCUCUGAUUUGGUAAGCAAGUGGAAUGCUCUAUCUGACAGGUCUUAAACACCACUUGUCUGCCGCCUUCUUCCCUUCCUUUUAGAGCUGAAUGGGCUCAGCAUCAGAGCUGCUCUUCCAAAUGGUGUUGCUGCCUGGGUGCCUCUGGAUCCAUUGUUUUUUGUUGUGAUUAGAUAGCUGUCUCUGGAUGCCUCUUCUGUCUGAAGAGAGAGGGGUUGGGGAAGUGAGUGAUGGCUGCGACAGCUGUCAUUUUAAAUGUUAAUAAAAAUCUGUUUUACUCACA